CCUGCCAGUGAGCACUUUUCUUUUGAAGACGUUCUGUUGGUGCCUUUAAGGGCAUUUUCUCCUGAUGCAUGUGUGAUUUCUCCACCAAUACCUUCUGAGAAAGAAAUCUAGAGGACGAGGGGAAAGAAGAAAUGGCCAGCUCUCAGACGCUGCUGACCUUCAGCGAUGUGGCCAUCGAAUUCUCUCAGGAGGAGUGGGGAUGCCUGAAUCACAGUCAGAGGGAACUGUACAGAGAUGUGAUGUUAGAGACCUGUGGACACCUCCUCUUCUUGGGUCUUGUGUCAAAACCAGACCUGGUCAUCGUUCUGGAGCAAAAGAAGGAGCUGUGGGGUGUGAAGAGAAAAGAGAUAGUAGCCUCACACCCAGGUAGGUGGGAGUACACGUGUAAGGACUGUGGCAUAGUCUUUCAUUGGCACUCGGCACUAUCUCAACAUCAACAAAUGCAUGCUGGAAAGAAAUUGUACAAAUGCGAAGAAUGUGGUGAAACCUUUAAGGACUGCUCAUCACUAAAUAGACACAGGCAAAUCCAUAUCAGAGAGGGACUUGACAAAUAUCAGCAAUGUGGCAAAGACUUUAGCAGGCACUCCUACCUUCUUAGACAUCACAGCAUCCAUACUGGAGAGACCCCUUACCAAUGUAAAGAUUGUGGCAAGGCCUUUAGCCAGCGCUCAAACCUUACUCGACAUCUCAGAAUUCACACUGGGGAGAAACCUUACCAAUGUAAAGAAUGUGGCAAGGCCUUUAGCCAACACUCAAACCUUACUCGACAUCUCAGAAUUCACACUGGGGAGAAACCUUACCAAUGUAAAGAUUGUGAUAAGGCCUUUAGCCGGCACUCACACCUUAUUCAACAUCAUAGAAUUCAUACUGGAGAGAAACCUUACCAAUGUAGUGAGUGUGGCAAGGCCUUUGGCCAGUACUCACACCUCACUCAACACCACAGAAUUCAUACUGGAGAGAAACCUUACCAAUGUAAAGAAUGUGGCAAAGCCUUUAGCUUUCAUUCAAACCUUAUUGAACAUCUCAGAAUUCAUAGUGGAGAGAAACCUUACCAAUGUAAAGAAUGUGGCAAGGCCUUUAGCUACCACUCAGUCCUUAUUCACCAUCACAGAAUUCACACUGGAGAGAAACCUCACCAAUGUAAAGAAUGUGGCAAGGCCUUUAGUCAGCAUUCAAAACUUACUGGACAUCUCAGAAUUCAUACUGGAGAGAAACCUUACAAAUGUAAGGAAUGUGGCAAGGCCUUUACCACGUACUCAAACCUUAUUCGACAUCUCAGAAUUCACACUGGGGAGAAACCUUACCAAUGUAAAGAUUGUGAUAAGGCCUUUAGCCGGCGCUCACACCUUAUUCAACAUCAUAGAAUUCAUACUGGAGAGAAACCUUACCAAUGUAGUGAAUGUGGCAAGGCCUUUGGCCAGCACUCACACCUCACUCAACACCACAGAAUUCAUACUGGAGAGAAACCUUACCAAUAUAAAGAAUGUGGCAAAGCCUUUAGCUUUCAUUCAAACCUUAUUGAACACCUCAGAAUUCAUAGUGGAGAGAAACCUUACCAAUGUAAAGAAUGUGGCAAGGCCUUUAGUCAGCAUUCAAAACUUACUGGACAUCUCAGAAUUCAUACUGGAGAGAAACCUUACAAAUGUAAGGAAUGUGGCAAGGCUUUUACCACGUACUCAAACCUUAUUCGACAUCUCAGAAUUCAUACUGGAGAGAAACCUUACAAAUGUAAGGAAUGUGGUAAAGCCUUUAAGGACUGCUCAUCACUAAAUAGACAUGGGCAAAUUCAUAUCAGACAAAGACUUGACAUAUGUCAAUGUGGCAAGGUCUUUACCAGGCACUCAAUCCUUACUCGACAUCACAGAAUUCAUACUGCAGAGAAACCUUACAAAUGUAAAAAAUGUGGCAAGGCCUUUACCCAGCACUCAAUCCUUACUCGACAUCACAGAAUUCAUACUGGAGAGAAACCUUACAAAUGUAAGGAAUGUGGCAAGGCCUUUACCAGGUACUCAAACCUUAUUCCACAUCUCAGAAUUCAUACUGGAGACAAACCUUACAAAUAUAAGGAAUGUGGCAAGGCCUUUAAAGGACCCUCAGACCUCACUCGACAUAACAGAAUUCAUAGUGGAGAGAAACCUCACCAAUGUAAGGAAUGUGGCAAGGCCUUUACCCAGCCCUCUAUCCUUACUCGACAUCACAGAAUUCACACUGGAGAGAAACCUGAUAAUGUAAAAAGAAUGUAAGUCAGUGCCUAUAAGUGGUGCCCAGCCCUUACGGGACAUCAGAAAAUUCCUAUUGGAGAGUAACCGUACAAAUGUAAAGAAUGUGCAAGCUCUCCCUGCAAGUCACAACUUACUCCACAUUCUAGUUAUCACAUAGGAGCCAAAGUGUGAAAUGGAAAGUGGCCAUGCCUUUACCUGGAAUUCAACUUUUGCUCGAUAUCACAAAAGACACCCUAGACGCAAACCCUAGAAAUGUAAUGAGUG